AAAAGAAUGAAGGAAAGAAGAACCAAAAAAAGGCUUUAAACUCUGAGAGUCGCCGAUCCAAUUCAUCUUCUUCCACUCUGCAAUUUAUUUAGGAAUUUACAUAAAACAUUAUUAAUUCUUUGCCUCCUCCUACACUCCAGCUUUUCAAACACACACAAAAUCUUCUCUACGACGAUACUUCCUCUCUCAAGGUUUCUCGUUAAUGGCGACACCCACUCAGGAAGCAAUCGACACCUUUAUGAGCAUCACCGGCGCUUCCAAUGCCGUCGCCGUUCGGAAGCUAGAGGAAUAUCGUGGGAAUCUUAAUAGAGCUGUGAAUGCGUACUAUAAUCACGGACAUCAAAAUUCACUAUAUGAAAAUCAAGCUAAUAUCCCUCAGGGUGAUGCAAUGGAUACAGAUGGUGAUGUGACUCCAGCCCUCUCAGAAGCUAGAACCACGGUCCCCUUCCCGCGCCGGGAUCCUCCGAUGCCACCUCAUCCAAGGGGUGUCAGGCAGAUACCUAUAGAGGUUAAGGACAGCAGUGUGCCAUCAGGUCGAUCUAAUGAUGCUCCUUCUAUUGAGGAUGUGACCCAGACAUCUCGAGCUCAUAGUCCAGCUCCCCAAGAGGCGGUCAUUUUAGAAUCUAAUGAUGAUAGUCAGUCUGCUCCAACCGGACAAAGUAGGAAUGCUAUACCUGUUGAUUACAAUGACAUAGAAGAAGAUAUGAUUCGAGCUGCUAUUGAGGCCUCAAAAAUGGAGACUGGGGUACCAAGGAAUCAGUCGCCUGAAAAUGAACAGUCUCGCAUGGAAGAUGAUGAUAACGCAGCAAAACCUGUCACAGUGCAGUCAGCAGAGGAAGAAGUGUUGCGCAGUGAAGGUUGGAAGGCUUCAUCCUCAGAAAGAGAAGCCUCUGAAGUUUUUCCUAUUCCAGGACAGCAGGGUACCCGAGCCUCAAAUGGAAGACUCGUAGCACCUAGCUCACUGUCUGAGGAUGAUGAUGAUGAUGAUGAUGAUGAUGAUGACGACGAUGACUAUGAUGAUGAUGAUGAUGAUGACGACGAUGACUAUGAUUAUGACCCUGAUUAUGUUGACGAGGAACUCAUUGAACCCCGUGUUAGGCACAGACCAAGACGUGCGGUUUCUCGAUCUCGGGCCCCACUUAAUGAUGAUCUUCCCCAAGAUGCAAUUAUUCAUUCAACUGAUGCUGACAAUGGUUUUCCUUCUGAGUGGGGAGGCAUUUCGUCUGAGGAACAUGAUGAAGCUGUCAUGCUAGAGGCUGCCAUGUUUGGAAGCAUUCCUAAUAGUGAAUAUCGUGUUCCUUAUGCACCAUCUUAUCCGCGAAGGACACAGCGUCCACCCUCACCGUCAUUGACAGCUCAAAGGUUGAUUCGAGAACAGCAGGACGAUGCGUAUCUUGCAUCGCUGGAAGCUGACAGGGUAAAGGCUGAGGCUCGUCUAUUGGCAGAAGAAGCUGCUAGAGUAGAAGCUCUUGAAGAAGCAAAGAGAAAGGAGGAAGAAGCUCGCAGGAAGGUCGAAGAGGAACAGGAGCUGGAAAGGCAAUUAGUUACCAAGGAAGCGUCUCUGCCUCAGGAGCCACCAGCAGGCGUAGAGAACUCCAUUACACUUCAAGUCAGACUGCCAGAUGGCACCCGCCAUGGCCGCCGGUUCCUUAAAUCCGACAAACUCCAAUCACUUUUCGACUUUAUGGACAUCUGUAGAGUUGUGAAGCCCAACACUUACAGGCUGGUAAGGCCUUUUCCACGGCAUGCUUUUGGCAAUGGGGAAUGCUCAUCGACUCUAAACGAUGUAGGUUUAACAAGCAAACAAGAAGCAUUGUUCUUGGAGCUGAUCUAAAAUGGGUAUUCUAUUGGGGUCUAUAUAACUUAUUCUUUAGGUCUCUUUUUAUUUUUCUUCAUAGAAAGUUGUUUCCUCUUAUUGUUUUAUUGAAUAUUGAAUCCAAGGCUGGCUUUUACAGGAAAGGUUUCGUUUUCGCCAAUA